AGCAAAUUAGUGGAGUAAAGUAAUAUAUUUGCAACCUCUUCCUAGUUUAUUAUCUAUUACUUCUUUCAAUAUGGUGAGAUCUUCUUCAGUUGGCAAAAGCCCUUCCAUGCUUUCCAUAAUGCUGCUCUUCGGGCUGCUACUUGCAACCCUAGAUACAACAGGUGCCCAAAUAGGUGUUUGCUAUGGAAUGCUUGGAAACAACUUGCCACCAUCACGAGAUGUUGUAGCUCUUUACAACCAAAACAACAUCCGCAGAAUGCGACUCUAUGACCCAAAUCAGAAUGCUCUCCAAGCCCUGAGAGGUUCCAACAUUGAGGUUAUGCUUGGCCUUCCUAACGAUGCUCUUCAGAGAAUUGCUAGUAACCAAGCUGAAGCAAAUUCAUGGGUGCAAAAUAAUGUACGGAACUUUGGCAAUGUCAGAUUUCGUUACAUUGCAGUUGGAAAUGAGGUUAAACCUUCGGAUUCAUUUGCCCAGUUUCUUGUUCCUGCGAUGCAAAAUAUUCGCAAUGCGCUCAACUCUGCUGGUCUAAGCAAUAUUAAAGUUUCCACUGCCAUUGAUACUGGAGUUCUUGGAGAGUCUUUUCCUCCUUCGAAAGGCUCUUUCAAGCAAGAAUAUAGACCAAUUCUUGAUCCUACCAUUCGGUUUCUAGUCAACAACCAAUCUCCCUUACUUGUCAACUUGUAUCCUUACUUCAGUUACAUAGGCAACCCCAGAGACAUUCGUCUUGAUUAUGCUCUUUUCACAGCUCCAUCACCAGUAGUCUCUGAUCCGCCCCGUAAUUAUCAAAACCUUUUUGAUGCAAUUCUUGAUGCAGUAUACGCUGCCUUGGAGAAAUCUGGCGGAAGUUCUUUAGAGAUUGUUGUAUCAGAAAGUGGUUGGCCUACAGCAGGAGGGACAGCAACAUCAGUUGAUAAUGCAAGAACUUACAUCAACAACUUGAUUCAACAUGUCAAAAGAGGGACCCCAAAGAGGCCUGGAAAAGCAAUCGAAACUUAUAUUUUUGCAAUGUUUAAUGAGAAUAACAAAAGCCCAGAAUUUGAAAAGAAUUGGGGUCUCUUUUCUCCAAACAGACAACCUAAAUAUCCUGUAAAUUUCAAUUAAAAUUCCUCCUAGCUAAUGGCAAUGUUCCCUAUAUACCAAUAAAUAAGACUUUCUAAAUCCCUCUUAAAAGAUGGGGGAAAAGCUAUUUAUAUGAUUUUGGCAAGAUAAAUCAAGAAAGGUUAUUAUAUA